AGAUUAGCCAUGUGCUAAAACUCCCUUACGCACAUGGUUGAAAUUGAAACGGAAUUGAUGUCGUCGGCGGGUACGGACGACGACAGUUUCUUCCCGUUCGACCGUUUGUUACAGCAGAAGCCCCACCUCUCUCAUCAAACCACCGCAGCCGUCGUUAUCUUACGCUCAUGAAACUACUUUGCCCCCUUCAUUUAACCCCAACUUACUUUUCCAAAUCUUAUUCGCUUUACUCACCCAAUCAACUUUUUCCCAUGAUUUUAAGUGAUCGAUUCCAUACGCAUGUUUGGUGUCGCUUCAAAACCCCGUUUCUCGCCCCUAAAUUUCGAUUUAUUUACCCUAGGGUUUCGAUUUGGUUCGCCGAGGUUUUUGUCUCUUCGGGGUGAUUCCGGAGGUGAGGAAAUGGAAUUUGUUCGGAAAUUGGGGGGAAGGUGUUGUUUUGUUCAGUCGAGGAAGAAGAACCAUAAAGUGGAAGUGAUUGAGUCCGAUAAUAAUGUCGUUAGCGGUGAAGAUAUUUCUGAUGCGGUGUCUGCCGGAGCCAUGGUUCCACCUGAUCACCUUGUAAUCAUGGUUAAUGGGAUCAUUGGCAGUGCUGCAGAUUGGAGAUAUGCUGCUCAGCAAUUUCUCGAUAGGCUUCCUGAUAAAGUUAUUGUUCACUGCAGUGAAUGCAAUUGUUCCACCUUGACUUUUGAUGGUGUUGACCGAAUGGGUGAAAGAUUAGCUGAAGAGGUAAUAGAAGUUGCCAAAAGGUGGCCUGAGGUGUCCAAGAUCUCAUUUGUAUCACAUUCAUUAGUUGCAACUCCACAUCUUGGUUCUAGAGGACACAGACAGCUUCCGAUUCUUUGUGGUCUUCCAUUUCUUGAAAGAAGGGCCCCACAAACAGCUCAUUGGUUGGUUGGGAGAUCAGGGAAGCAUCUUUUUCUUACAGACAAUGAUGUUGAGGGACAGCCACUUCUCCUUCGAAUGGUUUAUGACUCUGAAGACAUUAAGUUCAUGUCGGCUUUAAGAUCUUUCAAGAGACGUGUGGCUUAUGCUAAUGCCAACUAUGAUCACGUGGUUGGUUGGAACACAUCAUCAAUCCGUCGUCAACAUGAACUUCCAAAGCCGAACCUUCUUGUAAAGGAUAAGAAGUAUCCACACAUUGUUUAUGUUCAGCCUGAAUCUGAUGACAUCAUCAAGAAUGAGGGGACAUCUUCUGUAGGUGCACCUCAAACUUUAGAAGAGGAGAUGCUUCGAGGUCUUACUCAAGUACCUUGGGAACGUGUUGAUGUUAGCUUCCAUAAAAGCACACAACGAUAUAUUGCACAUAGUACUAUUCAGGUGAAAAGCUACUGGUUAAAUUCAGAUGGUGCAGAUGUGGUUCUUCAUAUGAUUGAUAAUUUUGUUCUUUAGCAUACGGUUUAUGUCCUUUUUAGUACUAUUUUAAAAAGGGCAUUUAUGUCUUUUUGUGUAGAGUUGUUUAACGAUAGAUUUUGUAAUUACUCAUAUAAUUAGACUAAGGGGUUGUUUGGUAGAAAGUGAAUGGUCUGAUUAAAAAGUAUUAAACACAUCUCCUAAGACCAUGACUUUUAUUUGCAAGUGUUGUUGAAUUGUAAAUCAUGAAUUACAAAGAUCUCAUGUUUGAAAUAAAGUUUAAAUACUAAAAUCAAAUAAAAGUGAAAUAUGAAAUUGAUAUAAAAAGGGCCAAAGGCAAGAAAUGGCAAUAUAUGUUAUAGUGUUAUACUUCAUUUUUGUUGUAUCAAAACAAUGUCAUGCAACUCUUAAAAAAACUUUUAGAUGAUUAGUUUUUUCAAAAUACAAUAUGUUUUUUUGAAACAAACACCAACAUUAUACUCCAAUUGUGUGUAAGCCUUUGUAGCCUUAAAAACCAACUUUUUUUUUGAAAUGUGAAUAUCGG